AUGAUGGCUGCUCGUAUGGAUAUCGACGAUAUGAUCAUCCGAUUAUUAAACGUUGGUGUACCAGGUUGUGCACUGGUUAACAAUGUGAAAGAAUCUGAACUGUUGCUGCUCUGCCAAACGACUAGACAAGUAUUUCUAAGCCAAGCAUCGCUAGUCGAGGUUCAAUCUCCUAUAAAAAUAUGUGGGGACAUUCAUGGUCAAUUUGCCGAUGUGCUGCGAUUGUUUGAUCGAGGUGGUUUCCCGCCGAUGGUUAAUUACCUCUUUCUUGGUGACUACGUUGACCGUGGCCAUCAAAAUCUUGAAUGUAUUGCGCUUUUCUUCAGCUAUAAGAUCAAGUAUCCGGGCAACUUCUUUAUUUUGCGAGGGAACCAUGAAUGUGCUCCGAUUAAUCGAGUGUAUGGCUUCUAUGAAGAAUGUAACAGGCGUUACAAUAGCACUCGAUUAUGGCUCGGUUUUCAGGAAGCGUUCGCAGCGAUGCCAUUCACCGGACUAGUGGCUGGCAAAAUUCUGUGCAUGCAUGGUGGCCUGUCCCCUAAGUUAAAAUCUCUGGAUCAACUGCGACAAAUCACUCGCCCCAUUGAUCCUCCAAACCCAUCGUUGCACAUCGAUCUCUUAUGGAGUGACCCUGAUCACUGCGUUAAGGGAUGGCAAGCGAACACUCGAGGAGUUUCGUACGUAUUUGGACAAGACGUCGUGCACGAAAUGCUUCCCAUUCUAGACAUCGAUCUAGUCGCCAGAGCCCAUCAGGUCGUACAAGACGGCUAUGAAUUUUUUGCGAAUAAGCGUCUAGUAACGAUUUUCUCAGCACCGCACUAUUGUGGGCAAUUCGAUAACGCUGCAGCCAUGAUGAAUGUCGAUGAGGGACUAGUGUGCUCGUUUCAGGUUGCGUAUGCACUGAUGAUAGACAAUCCACAUGGAUGUAAACAUACAUAA